AUGGCCAUGGCCAGAGUGUUUCACCUCUGGAACGAAUGGGAGAUCCAAAUCCUGGUCCUUGUCAGCUUCGCGCUGCAGGUGUUCCUGCUCUGCUUCGCGUGGAUGCGUCGGCGCAGCAUCUCCCGCACUCUGAGGAUCCUCCUUUGGCUCAUGUACCUGCUGGCUGAGUUCACAGCAACAUACACCCUCGGCCACAUGUCCAUCGAUUGCAAGGCAGGCGAGCACCAGCAGCUCAUGGCGUUCUGGGCACCGUUCCUCCUCGUGCAUCUGGGUGGCCAGGACACCAUCACCGCCUACGCCAUGGAGGACAGCCAGCUCUGGCUGCGCCACCUGCUCACUUUCACCGUGCAGGCACUUGGAGCAGGCUAUGUCCUCUACAAGUACAUGGGCCACCACAGGCCACUGGUCGCACCUGCUGUCCUGAUGUUUAACGUGGGUGUACUCAAGAAUGCAGAGAGAGUGUGGGCACUCAGUUUCUCAAGGCUGGAAAUCAUAAGAAGGUACCUCGAUGGUGUGUCUAUUAAGAAAAAUGAUGGGGAUUACCCUACUGCAGGCACACAGUCGGAAUUGGAUGAUGAGUCGGUUCUGCAGGGUGCUCAUGACCUUCUUUACAUCUGCAUGGGCCAGUUUGUUGAUGACAAGAUCUGUCCAACCAAGUUUCAGAAUAAUGCCAUGAAGCUUUUUCAUGAGAAGAGCAAAACAUUCGAGUUGGUUGAACUGCAACUCUCCUUGAUGUAUGACAUCUUCUACACCAAGGCAGCGGUGAUCCACACGUGGUAUGGACGUUGCUUCCGUGCCAUUUCCUUGCUUGGAACUGCCAUGGCAUUCUUUCUGUUUCAGUUCAGCUCUGGCAAAGACGGCUACAGCAGAGUUGAUGCAGCUGUCACCUACAUACUGUUAACUGGAGCUUUCAUUCUGGAGGCAGCAUCGGUGUUGAGGGCAAUAGGGUCAACAUGGACAUGUGACAUGCUAAGAGGGACCAGCAAAAUAGCUUCCUUCUGGAGAGAUGGCAGCAGCAUGAUUCCAGCGGAUGCUAAGGAGUUGGUGCUGAAGGAGAUAAGGAGGAUGGUGGAAGCAUGUGAAGGCAAGGAGGGCGUGAUGAGGGGUUACCGUGGUCAGUGCGCACUGGAGAGACCAGAUAGAUGCAUAAUGCCAGACCACACCUGUAGAUGGAGCUUUCCUGAUGGAAUCUUGAAGGAUCUCGCCACCUGGAGCAUGGACAUGGAGUUCGAUGAAAGCAUCCUUGCCUGGCAUCUUGCCACCGACGAGUUCCUCACCAAGUACUCAGAAUCUGCAGAUGCGAAGCCCCUUGUGGAGGCAACUAAGGCAGUCUCCAACUACAUGAUGUUCCUCUUUGUGGAACGUCCAUACAUGCUGCCAUCCCCUGUUCGACCCACAUUGCAUCUCCAAGCCAGGAAACUGCUGCCGGAAUGGAAUCGCCGGAGGUUCAAGAAGCAAGAUCAUAGUCAAAACAAGGUCCUUGAUCCUGGAGCAGAACUCGCUGAAAAACUGCAACGCAAGCAAAAAUCAUUGGAGAUGCCAGAGCCCAAGCUAGGUCUACUGCAGGUGGUUUUUGGGGUGUGGGUGGACAUGCUGUGCUACGCGGCACAUCACUGCAGCAGGGAGUCCCAUGCCAGGCAGCUCAGCAGUGGCGGAGAGUUCUUAACCAUCGUGUGGCUUCUGACCACAGCAGAGUUUAAUCGCCUCCACUACGAAAAAUUACAGUUUAAGGAGCGCGUGGCUCGCUCUAUCUGGAAUCUGAUGAACUUCGUGGAUUUCGGUGAAUUCGUGGAAGAUAUAACAUGUGGUCUAUUUGCACGAUCUGCUCUUUCCCUAGUCCAAUCACUGUUAAUAAUUGAGCAUGAUUGA